AUGACUGUCCUAAACUCGAUCCGUCGACGCCUGCCGGCCCCAAGGCAGGCUCAGCGAGCUCGCAAUGCCCGCAAGCAGACCGGGGAUAUCGAAGACGCCCAGAAUACGAUUGCCCCCUCGACCAUUAUCCAACUUGCCCUUAAAGCUCCGAUAUGGUAUAAAUCCCCCGCUCGCCGGCACCUGUACUUCCUCCUAUUCCCAGCCGCUGUCUGCUCGUACACAACGAGCGGCUACGACGGCUCGAUGAUGAACGCUCUACAAACAGUCUCGUACUUUGACGACUUCUUCGGCAACCCGCGUGGGUCGCGCCUUGGCCUCAUGAGCGCAAUUAUGCCGCUGGGCAGUAUCUGCUCCACGCCCAUCGCGCCCUGGAUAGCAGACCGAUUCGGUCGUCGCUGGGGAAUUACCGUGGGCAGUCUGAUUAUGAUCGCGGGUGCGAUUCUUCAGUGUGAGAGUACGAAUUUCGAUAUGUUCUUGGCGAGCCGGUUUUUUCUAGGGUUUGGGUUGUCUUUCGCGACGACCUCGGCGCCGAGUCUUGUUUCGGAACUGGCGCACCCGAAAGACCGGGUUACCAUGACGGCCAUUUGCAAUGCCUGCUGGACCCUCGGUAGCAUCAUCGCCGCGUGGGUGACAUUUGGCACAAGAGAGAUCGCGAGCACCUGGUCGUGGCGCCUCCCAUCUCUCUUCCAGAUGAUUCCCAGCGUGAUACAGCUGUCGACGGUGUGGUUCCUACCCGAGUCCCCGCGCUGGCUUGUUUCCAAGGACCUUUACGACGACGCGCUCGAUGUUCUUAAGAGGUAUCACGGCGACGGCGAGGAGACGGAAUUGGUGAAGCUGGAAUAUCAGGAGAUUCGGACGGCCAUCCUCCAGGAGAAGACCUCACAAACCACAACCUGGAAAUCCAUGGUUUCAACCAGCGGUAAUCGAUAUCGAAUGUUUCUUGUGCUCUGCAUGGGACUGAUGAGCCAAUGGUCGGGCAAUGGUCUAAUCUCCUACUACCUCUCCCGCGUCAUGGACUCCGUCGGGAUAACCAGCAAAGACACGCAAUCCCUCGUAAACGGCAUCCUCCAAAUCUGGAACUUCGCCCUCGGCCUCACCGCCGCCUUCUUCGUCGAGCGCCUGGGGCGGCGCUUCCUCUUCCGCACCUCCACACUCGGCAUGCUGGCCGUCUUCAUCGCGUGGACGAUUGCAUCGGAGCGCUUCGACGCAACCGGGUCCGACGCCGCCGGGAUCCUCGUGAUGGCGCUGAUCUUCGUCUUCGGCUUCUUCUACGGGAUCGCGUUUGGGCCGUUGAGUGUGGCGUAUUCGGUCGAGGUUUUGCCCUACUCGAUUCGCGCGCGCGGCAUGGCCGUCUAUGUUUGUUCCACUAAGGCGGCGGUUUUUGUCAAUCAGUAUGCUUCUAUAUUGAAUCCCAUCGGUCUCGAAAACAUUGGAUGGAAGUACUACAUCGUGUACGUAUUGUUCCUUGCGCUGGAAAGUUUUGUCGCGUAUGGAUGGUUUCUUGAAACCAAGGGGAAGGGGCUUGAGGAAAUCGCAGUGCUCUUCGAUGGGGAGGAUGCGGACCAUCUCGUACAAGAAUUAACGACCGACCGCAAGAAGGAAGUGCAUGUUGUUGAGCAUGAAGAGGACUACAAAGCCAAAGCUGCCUGA